AAGUUGUACCACUAGUGUGUCACCUUGUACCAUGCUGGUACAACGUGGAAAACCAUGGUACAAUAUGUACUAGGGUAUAUAACCGUGGUACUUGUACCAUCAGUGUGUCUUUAGUAUAAAGUAGACCACGAACAGAUGUUAUUGCGAAUGGGCUGAUAAAAAAAAGAACAAAAGUCCCGUUUCAUGACAACCAACAGACCAAAACAAAAACCGAUAAUAAAUUUAUUAUUGAUAUUAAAAAAAAAUUGAACUUCCUCAUUUUACGCACAGAAGUUAAAGGCUCAUCAAAAUACGAAAGUGUUUCCGUGUUCCAUUCUAAAAUUGUUGGUUUUCGUGUCGUGUGGUUUCCAAGGAUUAUUCUUCUGACGAAAUGUGUCUCGUUCAAGUGAAUCCAUUCAACGCCCAAAGUUUUCGUGAAAUACGAUUCUAGUAGCAAUCGGUUGAAUCACAGAAAAUACCAACAUACCAACCAAAGGAAUGGCCACUCCAAAGCCCAGCAUCACCGAGUAUCAGAUGCUGGAGCAAAUUGGCAGCGGAUCGUACGCAACGGUUUAUCGCGCCAUACACAAAGCCUCGAAAGAGAUCUACGCGGUGAAGUGCGUCACCAAGGGAUCUCUUUCAAAGACCGCAGUGGACAACAUUGUGACCGAGAUCAGUCUGCUGAAGAAGCUAAAGCAUGUGCACAUUGUCGAGAUGAAGGAUUUCUUUUGGGACGAUCGGUGCAUUUACAUUGUGAUGGAGUAUUGCAACGGGGGCAGCUUGGCCGAGUACAUCCGGCAGCGGCAGAAGCUCAGCGAGUUAACGUGCAAGAUUUUCCUGAGGCAGUUGGCGUCGGCGCUGAAGUACAUGCGGGAGAACGAAGUCAGUCAUUUUGAUUUGAAACCGCAGAAUUUGCUGUUGAUGAAGACGAACGGAUGUGCUGCGGAACUGAAGGUGGCCGAUUUUGGAUUUGCGCAACAUCUGAAGCUUGGACAGGAGAACACCUCGAUCAAAGGAUCGCCUCUCUACAUGGCCCCGGAGAUUCUGCUGAAGCAUUGUUACGGCCCAGCGGCGGAUUUGUGGAGCAUUGGUGUGAUUCUGUAUGAAUGUUUGUUCGGAAGGGCGCCGUACAGUUCGAAGUCAUUGCCGGAGCUGUUGGAUAAGAUUCGAACAGAGAGGAGGAUUGACAUUCCAAAAACGCCCAAGAUUUCAGUUGAAUGUGAGGAUCUUUUGUGCAGACUGCUUCAACGAUCACCCGACGAUCGAGUGACGUUCAAUGAAUUCUUCAAGCAUGCGUUCUUAGAUCUGAAACAUGAACCUUCGGAAGAAAAUCUCGAAAAGGGCGUUGCUUUAAUUCAAGAAGCAAUUGAAUUAGACAAACAGCAACAUUAUGACGCAGCUUAUGGGAAGUACUGCAAGGGUCUUCAAUACUUUGUCCCUAUAAUUCAUGCCGAAACUGACAUCGAUAAAAAGAACAUUCUCCGCGAACGCGUUCAUACCUAUCUGAGCCGGGCGGAGGAGAUAAAACAUUCCUUCAUGCAGGAGGAGCCAAUUCAACCUUCUACAUCGAAACCCCUGAAACGUACUUCGUCUCGCAUCAAGCAGAUACAGAAAGCAUUGGAGCCGUCCGAACUGUACCAACAAUUGAUUGCGCUGGCUUCAUCCAGUCCAGAUUUGAAAUCCGCCCUGGAAAUCGGUCGCCAGGCGGAGCUGUACGCCCUAGAGAACAAACUGGACACCGCGUUAGAGUCCUACAAAACCGUACUAGGUGCCUUAAUGCCGCUGCUGGCUAAGGAGCCACGAGGGUCGAAACGGAGAGAUCUGCUUCAUCGGCAAAUCGUCCGCUGGAUGGAGGAAGCCGAACACAUCAAAUCCGUACGAUCGGCGCAGAUUCUAGAAGAAAUGGAAAACGGACCAGCGGGCCAUAACCAUUGUCGCUUGCAGUGAAUCAACAUUGGAAUACGAAUCGGAACUAUCUACCUUAGUUAUCUUUUAGUAAUUUGUUUAGUGGUUUUAUAGCUUUAGCAUUGAGUGUGACAUUAUAUUUUACAAUAAAUUAUUCUGACAUCGCUUACCCUAUUAUGCAGAAGAUA